AUGGGAAAACGCCCCAAGCUCAAGGUUACUGGGAAGAAGAAGCCCAAGACCACCCAGAAGGAAUCUCCCCGGAAAGAUUCCCCCGAGAAGACUUCACCCCAGAAGGGCACGCAGCGCGAAGAGCCUCCCGUGUUUCUUGCUCGCAGACGCUCCAACAUGCCACCCUUCAAGGAUGAGCAUAUCCUGCUGAUUGCGCCAGGUUCGCAAAUGACCCUGGCGCAGCUCGGUCUGCCGGAAACCUUUACGCCCGCGCGCUUUCGCUUCCCCACGCGCAUGUUCCCUGGCCAGAAGAUGGGAGAAUACGAGCCUUACCGAAUCCGCGAGCGACACCAGACAGUCAAUACUAGCAAUGGAAAUGGCGCUCAAACCACCGACCCUCCCAAGACGGACGUGGAAAUGAAGGACGCCGAGUCCGCUGGCCAAGAUGGCACUGGCAACAACGAGCCUACUGAGAAAACCGAGAAGCCUGCCGGCGACAGCGCCGACGCGACCGACAAGACUGAGGCCCAGCCAGAGACCUUCUACGAGGAGGACGUGACUUCCGACGAAGGCGCCGUGUAUCCGAUCGUCAACGGACGCAUUGUCCACUGGCCCAGCUUCUACGCCCUCCUGACUCACGUCUACAAUGCACUGAGUCCCCCAUUCCACACUCCGAUCCUGAUGAUCGGCCAGCCAGUCUGGACCGCGCGCGAUCGUGAGAUGAUCACCCAGUUCGUCUUCGAGAAGUUCAAGGUGCCCGCCUUUAAUAUCAUGGACUCUGCACUUGCUACAAUGUGGGGCUACGGUGUGCCGACUGCUUUGAUUGUUGACAUCGGAAAGACCAAGGCCGACGUGACUGCGGUGACCGACUUCAUCCCCAACGAACAUGGCCGAGGUAUUGCAAUGAAAGGAUGUGGUGGUGAUGCCAUGACCGAUCGACUCGUCGAGCUCCUUGGCCCGAAGGGCUUCACCCGCGAGAUGUGCGAACAGCUCAAGCGGAGCAACAUUGCCGAAAUUCUAGCUCCCGGUACACCACUUCCCGGGGCUGCGGCUACCGCACACCAAGGCACGAAUCCGGCCGCUGCUGCUUCGACUGGCGGACAGAGUGGAAAUGACCUCGUUCCUCGUGGUCCUGGCGAGGGUACCCAGACUGGUACUGAUACCAAUGGAGGAGAGGACGAGGGUGUCCUGGACGUUGCUGCCAUCGUCAGUGGUGACACUACCGAGUACCUUGCCAAGAUCGAGAAGGAAAAGACCACCAAGAAGGGUGGUGCGGAACCCAAGCAGAAGAACGCCCCUAACCACCAGAAGGAGAAGGCGACAUUCCAAUUCGAGGAGUUUGUCCCAUUGGAUGAUGAUAACGCACCUGCCAGCGGUUCCCGCCGGUACAUCCGUCACACGCGGGAAAUUGAGGUUGGCGCCGAGCGCUUCCUACUUGCCACGCCUCUACUGAAGGUUAAAAAGCGUCUAACCAACGGCAUUCUUGAGGAUCUCGCUACUCAGAUCCACCGAACCAUCCUCGCCGUUCCGGAUGCGACCAAGCGCAGCGAACUUUGGGAUUCCCUCAUCAUCGUUGGAUGCGGUAGCCGUGUUCGAGGCUUUGCCCAGGCUCUUCUUGGUGUCAUCACCCAGAAGUACAUCCUCUCCCCCUCCGCCACCAUCUUCACAUCCGAAAUUCCCUCCGCCUUCAGCACUCCUCUCCCAACUGGCGGCACCAACACCCCGGCACCUAUGGGGCAGCCUGGCCCCAUGUAUCACCCGGCGGCCCACGGCGUCAACCCCCUUCUCGUGGCUGCCACCCACAACAACCCUCCCAUGGCCGGCGCCACCCCUGGCACCCCCGGUAUGGACCCCAACAUGUCCGCUCACCACCGCUCGACCGGACACUCGCAGACUCCGAACUCCGUCAAGUGUCUGAGGCUGCCCGACUAUUUCCCCGAGUUCAAGCACGAGGGAAAUCGUAACGCCCCGGGCGCCAGUCAUGGCCCCAGCGCUACACAGGGCGGACACGGCGCCGAGGAAGCCACCUUCCUCGGUGCGCAGAUGGCUGGUCGGGUCAUCUUCGUUAACGACCAGGGAGCCACGAAGGGCUUCAUGACCCGGGUCGAUUACAACGAGAAUGGCCCGUCCGCCAUCCACGAGUUUGCCCUGGCAUAG